AUGGAAAUGUUCUCACCAGCCAGGUCUAGUGAUUCCGAAAAUUAUUUAGAAAUAAUAAUUCCAAAUUCUUCAAUUCCACACUUCUCUCCACUCCCUAAUGGACCAACAACAAGUCUUUCCAUUCCAAUAAUCUUCCCACCCACCAUUUCUGAAACUCAGACAGAAGAUGGUUGCUCAGAAUCUAACAAAACACCUCGUGCAGAAACACAACUCUCUUAUUCUGUAGUUCCACUCUUACCACCAGCCAGGUCUCAAACAGACAACAGAAAUUCUGAAAAUUGUGAAAUAACUCCCACCGAUCCUUCCAUAUCAACAAGUCCUAGACGCACAAUCCGAACAGCAAUCUUCAAUCACUUGACUGAGUUUCUUAAGCUGAAGAGCAGUAACAGUCCAAAAUUCUCUCAUUCCAAAAAAAUUUCCAUACAGUCAUUUUUUUCCACAGCCAAAGACUUGAUCGAAAUUAUUGAAAGGAAACAAUUUCCUUUGCAAAUGCUACUUAAAGCCACUAACAACUUCUCAGAAGAUCACAAGAUUGGGAAAGGUUGCUUUGGCUCAGUUUACGGUGCCACUUUAGAUGGUGGCCAAGAAGUGGCUAUUAAGCGCCAGGGCAGUGCUCGUGCCUUCCUAAUUGAAUUGAAAGCAUUGUUCCACCUCAAUCACAAGAAUGCUGCUUGCUUAGUAGGAUUUUGCGAGGAUGGUAAUGAGUACGCAUUGGUGUACGAGUACAUGAAAAAUGGUACCCUUCAUGACCGUCUUCAUGAGCUUCAAAGUACUCCUCUUAUGUCAUCAUGGACUGCCCGGAUUAAAGUGGCACUAGACAUAGCCAGAGGCAUUGAGUAUCUACAUGUGUAUGCAGUACCACAAAUCAUACACCGCAAUAUCAAGACGUCUAACAUAUUACUAGAUGCUACGUGGACUGCCAAAGUGUUUGAUUUCUGCCUAUCUGAGAAGGGCCCCAUGGACUUCAAGUCACACAAUUUGGAUUGUGUGGCUGGCACCAUUGGUUACAUGGACCCUGAGUACUUUAAUCUUCAGCAGUUGACAACCAAAAUUGAUGUAUACAGCUUUGGAGUUGUAUUGCUAGAAAUGUUGUCUGCGUACAAGGCACUUCAUAAAAAUGAAAAUGGUGAGCAAAGGCUUAUAGUUGAUUUUAUAGUGCCAUUCAUUGCCCAAGAUCAAAUUCACAGGGUUUUGGACCCAAGAGUACCACCACCUACCCCAGUUGAAAGAAAGGCAGUGGCACAUGCUGGGUCCCUAGCAGUGGCUUGUGUAAGUCUGAAAGGUCGAGAUCGCCCAUCAAUGACUGAGAUUGUAAAUAACCUGAUGCGUGUGUGGGUACAGGUUAUCGGUGGUUAA